CUCAAAGUGUCCUGCGUCGUGGCUGAAAGACCCCGCGUGCCUGCGCGCGUGUGAGCUAAUUUCUCCAGGUGCAACGGUUCUGUGAAGCAGGUCCAGAGCACAUAAUACAGUAGUGUGUGUGUCUCGUGUCUUGAAGCAUCAUGAAGCUGAACCUGUUUCGGGAGCAGCCCCAGGCCAUGAGGGCCCCGGACUCCACGGGGGCCAGUACCACACCGGCCAUCACCCUGGCCCCGGCCCCCGCCAUCUCCACCUCCUCCGGCAACUCCAGCGAGUCUGAGGGCACCGUCAACAAAAAUGACAUGUUCGAGGAGAUCAAGAGCAAGUUCCUCAACGAGAUUGACAAGAUCCCACUGCCACCGUGGGCCAUCAUUGCCAUCGCCGUGGUAGCGGGCCUGCUCGUCCUCACCUGCUGCUUCUGCAUCAUCAAGAAGUGCUGCUGCAAGAAGAAGAAGAACAAGAAGGGCAAGAAGGGCAAGGACGGCUUCAACAUGAAGAACAUGCAGGGAGAUCUUAAGACAGAGACAGCUAAACAGGACGACGAUGAGGAGGAAGGGGAGACCGGCCUGACCGAGGAAGAGAAGGAGGAAGAGGAGAAAGAGGAAGAAAAGCUCGGCAAACUGCAGUACUCGCUCAACUACGACUUCAACGACAACAAGCUGACAGUGGGCAUCCUUCAGUGUGCAGAUCUGAUCUCCAUGGACUCAGGUGGCACCUCAGAUCCCUACGUCAAGGUCUUCAUUCUCCCCGACAAGAAGAAGAAGUUUGACACCAAGGUGCACAAGAAGACUCUCAAUCCUGUGUUCAACGAGACCUUCAAUUUCAAGCUCCCCUAUGAGGAGAUGGGUGGGAAGACGCUGGUCAUGUCCGUUUACGACUACGAUCGCUUCUCCAAACAUGACGUCAUCGGUGAGGUGAAGCUGCCCUUCCUGUCCCUGGACCUGGCCAAGCCCAUCGAGGAAUGGAAGGACCUGGAGAGUGCAGAGAAGGAGGAGCCGGAGAAGCUGGGUGAUGUCUGCAUAUCUCUGCGUUACGUGCCCACGGCCGGUAAACUGACCGUCUGCAUCCUGGAGGCCAAGAACCUGAAGAAGAUGGACGUCGGUGGGCUCUCUGAUCCCUAUGUGAAGAUUCAGCUGCUGCAGAAUGGCAAGAAGCUCAAGAAGAAGAAGACGACGGUGAAGAAGAACACCCUGAACCCCUACUUCAACGAGUCCUUCAGCUUUGAGAUCCCCAUGGAGCAAAUGCCGAAAAUCCUGGUGGUGGUUACCGUCUUUGACUACGACAAGAUCGGCUCCAACGACGCCAUCGGCAAGCUGUUCAUCGGCAGCAGGGCGUCGGGCACAUCGCAGAAGCACUGGUCCGACAUGCUGGCCAACCCCCGCCGACCCAUCGCCCAAUGGCACGCUCUGCAGCCCGAGGAGGAUAUCGAUGGCGCUAUCGCCGGCCUCUUCGCCAAGAAGUAACGGGGGAAAAAAAUAGGAGAAGACGCAGCUAACAAAGUUGUACGAAAACCUAUACCAACUAACCAACUCAUCAACCGUCCCGACCUACAAGUCAACUAACCUCCCCCCCCACCCCAUCCCUCCCCUCUUCCCCUCCCUUUUCCUCCUAAUCUGCGUACUCCACCUCCUCCUCCUCCUCCUCUUUCUCCUGCUCCUCGUACUCUUUUCCCUUUUUCGUCCUCCUCGUCAAGAUGCAUGAGUGUCACAAGCCCACUGUACUCCCUUCCUCCAUGCCUCUCAGUAAUCCUUCGUAUUCAAUACUCACUGUAUGAGCACCAUUUUGGGGUGGGCUGGGCUGUGAA